AUGAGGCGUGUUCAAGGUCGUGUGACCUGUGAUGACAUCCGAUCAGCUGGUCUGAGACGAUGGGAUGGGCGGUCUCGCAUCACAGUCGACUGGAUCAACAUCUUCCAUGAACCCGAGCUGUGCUGGCCCACUGGCGAUUGCUUUGUCUAUCUACGCGAACCUGGUCAAUCAAGUCGAGGCCCUGCUUUCCGUGUCCACUCUGCUUUUCUCAAAGUCAAAGGGUUCGACGCCUUGGUCGACCGCUGCAUGGUUCGGAACUCCAUCCACGUCUCGUCUGAGUGUGUGAUGCCCAAUUGCCCUGGUUGUGAUCCAACUGAACCGCUUCAAGAGCUCUAUAUUCCAGCACCAUACGGCGCGGGUCUCGAAGAUGUUUUCAACCACCAUAUCACAACCAGAAACUUCUUCGCAUGGCUCUAUAACCGCCCUCUUGCCGGCAGGACACUGGGACAGGCUUUCGUGGACUUAAAAGAAAGACUUGAUAUCUACCGACCAGAUAACUUCGAGCAAAACAAGCUCGAGGUGAUUUCCUAUGCCGAGAGUCAAAGGUAUCUUGACUUUCGGGAGUGUGUUGAUCAUGCUCUCGCAGCACUAUAUCUAGCGGAACGCGUGCAGAUCGAAGAUCUCUGGAUUGAUGCUUUUGCUCACUGCGUCGGGAUGAGCCACCGUGGCUUGUGCUCGAGCGUCGAGUACGCGGUGGUCAGUGCGAAAUCGAAGACCAUCAUCAACCGCGCUCGGUUGGAGAUGGACUUACGGCUUGAUAGAGUGAACAAAUCCAUCGUCAAUUUCUUUGAGAAUGAUGUGUCUGGUAGCUUUCUCGGUCUGCCCCAGCCGGCUCGAGAUCACCUUGAUAGGUUCCGCUUGUUCCUCAAGAGCUUCUACUCCGAGAAGUAUGGCAGCUGGCCUCCUGAUGGGUUCGAAGAAGAAUCCAUUCAGCAAUCUAUCUACAGUACCGUCUUCACUGAUUUCCAGAACCUCUAUCAACAUCUCGUCGACCCCCAGUCUUCCAACACGCUUGCAGAGAACGAUAUCACCCAGACUGGUGGGGUGUGCACAUUGCAAAAUGUCCAGGCAUUCGAUAAAAAGCACAACUAUGAGCCUCUGGCUCAGCCGCUUCCUCUUAUUCCCAAACCCGGGGAGGCAGGCAAUUCCCAACGUCCCAAGCUUCAACGACGUAUGUCUUGGAAUCCCAUCCAGAGGCGUCGAGCUGAAAAGGAAGCCCGAAAAACACAGAGCAAGGAAGCUCUCAUUGCUGCCUCUAACCGCGACUUCCUUCUGAUGGAAUGCCCUCUGGUGAGAAGCUAUUCCGAUUUUGAAAGCAAAACAGUAGACGACGACCUGGAAGGUCUGUCGGCGAUCGAGGGUAGGAAGGUCAGGUGGAUCCUGGUCUAUGCGGUGCUCCAAAUCUUCCAUUCCAUUGCCCAACCACCCAAACAGGUACGCAAUACUACCAGUCUCAGCUACUCUCUUUGCUGCCAUGCGCCUGGGCAGAUGCCAUGGCAGCAAACUUCUUCUCCUGGUGUCGGUGCCCCACCAACUCAGGCUGCUUUGGCACCGGACACCAGUUACUCUCACACCAACUCAUCGAUGUCUUCCAUCAUCGAUACUGUAAAAAGAGGGAGAUCCGACAGGCUUCGACGCCGGACUCUACCGGCACAUCUUCCUGGCUCGCUGAAAGCAUCUCUCUCAACCAAGACAGACCCUGGUACAAGGUCGUCCUCGCUCCGGCGACUCAUCUCGCGCAAAGCGCUGACAAGUACUGAAGAAAUGCCUUCUAGGCGGCCUGCAUUCUGCGAAAUUUGCAUUGAAGGGUAUGGCAACGGCUUGAACAAGGUGACCAGCGAUGCGGAGAUGUCUGGAUGUCCAGUCGAACUCAUGGCUGAGCCGCCGGAACUGGCAAGCAGCCAAGUCGAAAAGCUCCUAUUCAAACCCCACGAACUACGGAGCGAGACAGUGCAUGAGAUGGCCACCAACGAAGCUUCGGACGACUCUGCGACGGCGGAGAAGGCUGUUGCGGCAGAGGGGCCGGUGGUGCCAGCCUCGUCGUCGUCACCAGACGACUCUCCAAACACUCCACCAGGGAUGUCACGCGAAUCUUCCAGCGCAGCAUCGAUAAGCAACAGCACGUGGUCGGAGAACAGCCAAAAACACAGCGACGACCCGAUGACGCCCAGCAGCAGCCGAGCGGGCAGAGACCAGACGUGCACGCUCAAGGAGAUCCUGCAGCUGGGCGGUGUUUCCAAGCGGCCCGCCAGCCUCAGUGAAAAGGCUAUGGUCGGCAUCUCGGAAAUCAAGAUCGUCGACGUCGAUGCCGUGCAGAUGCCCCUCGUGCACUUCAAUACCCAGACAUGGGAUGUUGUGCUGGGUAAGCGGCCGUCGACGGCGCCCGCGCCCGCGCCCGCGGCCGCCGCGGCUUGA